GCACUGGAACUAGAGGAUAUAAGUAAAGAAGGAGGGUAACAAGGGUCUUUAUCGCGGCCUUGGGAGGUGAAAAAUUUAUCAACGCUGUUGUGUGUAAUGCUGCACCACAUCCCUGAGAAUCCAGGUAGUGUCCUCGAUGCAUGCAUCAUGAGCUCAGUUGGAUUCCUAAAUGUGAGGUGUUGACAUAUUUUGGAGACCAACUGAGGUUCGUUCGCCAGUGUUCAUUGCUCUUCUUUGACUUCUGCUUUGAGAUUGGUACACUCGAAUUUUCAGCACAAGUCUGGAGAUCACGAAUUCUGCAACAAAUAAUGGAUCUGUCUUUUAAAGUGCUUUUCGUAUUGGCCCUGCCUCUUGUUCUCUGUGUGUUUGACGUCCUGGCCGAAAAACAGCAAGUCGGCGAGUUCAACACCAUUCAACAUGGUGUAAAAGGCAAGGUCUAUUUCGAUGGGGACGACAAGAUCGUGAUCGAGAAUUUCCAAUACGAUGGCCGGGGUCCGGAUGCCUAUUUCUACGUGGGAACCCGCGGCCAACCCAUCGACUCAGGAGUUCGGAUUCCCUAUCCUAAAGGCUCUGAUGCAAUUUUGGGCGAGUACACCGGGCAGACCAUUAACUUGGAAUUACCGUCUGACGUGAGGACCUCUGAUCUUCGUUGGAUUUCGGUCUGGUGUCGGCAAUUCGGAGUGGAUUUUGGCAACCUCUUCUUUGACAAAGAAACAAAUGUCGUGGCCGAGAGUGAAAGCGAACCGGAAAACGCCGCUCCAAGUAUUACCACAUCGUUAUCUGUACUAAUGGUGGUCUGUCAAACUUCGGUGUAUCUCUUUUGAUUAAGGACUUUGAUUUACGAAGUUUAUUACUCAAUUUUGUCUUAAAAUAAAUCGCAAAAAAAUCCGA